ACGGGCCGGUGAUUAGAGUCCGAAUAUUCUAUAAUUUAUUUUUAAAUAGGCAUCUGUCCAGUUUUCAGUCACUGAAGCCUUACACCGUAUGGCCUGUGUUGCUUGAAUUUAAACGCACUAAGAAUGCGUUUACCUAUUUCUUUUGGAAACGUGUUCCGGAAACGAAACCCUGACUGAUGAAUCGGAAGUGACUAGAGAAGAGCGAGAAGUUGAGGUCAGGAAGACCUGGGCGGGGCGGGGCGGGAUGGGAAGGGACUGUCCGGAGAGGGCAGCCCGGUGAUUUCGAGCCGGAGACCCGGGACGGGGCAGCCCCCUGGACUAGGAAGAGUGAGGAUCUCAGAGGUUUUGCAGUAGAAUUCUUGGGGUACAUUUUUGUUAGUUGAAAAAAUGACUACUCUUGAGAGUUUAGAAACUAAAGUUGCCCUGGCUCCGGCCCCGGUCCGCGGAGCAGGGGAUGGAAUGGAAACCGAGGAGCCCCCUCCCUCCGUGGAGGCCCCCGCGGGAGCCCCACCGGCGCAACCUCCCGCCCUCCGCAGCCCUCGGAAGAAAGCGGCGGAGAGCCCAGGCGUCCUCCAGCUGGGCAAGGUGCUGGCCGACAAGGCGGUGGAGGUGGAGGCCGUGAGAAUAGUGGUCCCCAAGGCCGCCAUCACCCAUGCCAUGCCCCGCAGCGGCACCAAGGCCCAGGGGCGUCGGAAGGGGGGGCGCCUGGGCCGGUCGGACGGGGGCGCAGAGCCCAGCGAGGGGCUCGCGGAGCUGAAGAAGCUCAGGAGCUCGGAGCGGAGGCUGCUCCAGGACAAGGAGGGCCUUUCCAACCAGCUGCGGGUGCAGACGGAGGUCAAUCGCGAGCUCAAGAAGCUGCUGGUGGCCUCUGUGGGGGAUGACCUCCAGUACCACUUCGAACGUCUAGCCCGCGAGAAGAACCAGCUCGUCUUGGAGAACGAGGCCCUGGCUCAGAACGCGGCCCAGCUGGCCGAGCAGCUGGAGCGCAUGUCCAUCCAGUGCGACGUGUGGCGGAGCAAAUUCCUCGCCAGCAGGGUCAUGGCCGACGAGCUGACCGGCGCCAGAGCAGCCCUGCAGCGCCAGCACCGCGAGGCCCAGGGCGCUGUACGCGACCUCCUGAGCGAGCGGGAGCAGUUCCGCCAGGAAAUGAGAGCCACCCAGAGGCUGCUGGAGGAGCUGCUGGUCUCCCUGCAGUGGGGGCGGGAGCAGACCUACUACCCCAGCGCGCAGCCUCACAGCACGGCGGAACUGGCACUCGCCAACCACAAGCUGGCCAAAGCAGUGAAUUCUCAUCUUCUGGGAAAUGUCGGAACGAACACUCAGAAAAAGGCUCCGUCGACAGUUGAAUUCUGCAGCAGCCCGGCAGAAAAAAUGGCUGAAAAGGUCUUGCACAAUUUGGACCCCGUUGCCUGCACAGAAAGCCCACCUGAUCGUCCCUUUUCUGAGUCUUCACCCAGCACCCUACUCACCGCACAGAAAAAUAUUGGGCGGUUUCACCCCUACACUCGAUACGAAAACAUCACCUUCAACUGCUGCAACCGCUGCCAGGGGGAGCUGCUCGUCCUGUAGGGGAGCGGGCGGUGGCCGGCCUGCCGCGGGCACCGCCUGCCGCCCGGCAGCCGCGGGCGUCACUGGGGAGCGGGGCUCCUGCCACACUGGAAGUGCUCUCGCUUCCCACUGACGCGACAUACGCCCCCGGAGACGCCCGCGGGCCAGACUGCCGACCACCCUCUCCUAACGGCGGUCUCAGGGUCAGGAAAGAAUGAAGCUGCUGAUACGUCUCGAGUGCAGAACACUGCCCAGGCGUGACAUGAUGCUUUCCCUACGUCUAGAAGGGAAGGAGUUGCAUGCCUGCUUUCAGGCUCUAAGUCACUGUUUAUCCUGCUCCAGCACUUAAUCUUGGUCCCUGACACGGGGAUGGGCGCGGGCAGCCCGGGUCACGUGCAGCCACGCCCAUGGCUCACUGCGUCUGCGCGGCCUUUGUAGCGCCGCGUGGACCCCGGAAUACGGCCUGUCCCGCCCCUCCCAGUUUUCCGAUCCUGACUCUGAAGCAGUACUUGGCAGGGAAUGUUGGGGGGAAGGUGUUCUUUUCCUUUUCGGUGGUUUGGGGGGGCUACAAAGGAGGCUUAGGAAAUGCUCUAGGUGAAGGUUUUAGAAGAAGGGCUGAGUGUUAGGGAAAUUAACACCAUCGGACCGCCCCACGAGCGGGCGAGUGCCCCUGCGCGCGCGUUCUCGCGGCGGCGCGGUGUGGCGUGGGGCCCGCAGGGUGGGCGGCACAACUCGCCGUGGGGAAGACGCAGACCCUGACCACGGGGCUCGCUCUGACCAGCGCACCCAGAACGUCCAGCUUGGUGUCUACAGGACACGGCGGGGCAAGCGGGGUCUUUGUAGGAUACUGUACGAACUCAAACGUGCAGUCCAUCAGUUAAUUUACAUUAUGUCGUAUCUAUUACUGUUUAUUCAUGAUGGACAAUCACAAAACACUUUUAUAGGCCUUUAAAACUGUCCAUAAAAUGUUUGUACCAAAUUAUACUACUUAGUUAUGGCAGUGCUCAUCGACAGAGAAAUCCUCGAGAAACAAAUCUGGCCAAAGUACAGUAUAUUUUAAUGUCAACCUAAUGGUUUUGGUGUUUUUGGUCUCCUUCAUCUGAAUUAUAUUUAUAAUUUCAAGUGGCAAUAAAUUUCUCUAUAUUCUUUA